AUGGAAAAAAAGCAGUUAAAUCUCAACCAGCCACUUUUAUCAGUGAGGAGAUUCACAUCAACAAUAGCUUCUGAAUCAGAUAACUCAUCUGCUACAUUACCAUAUCUUGCUUCUUACAAAUCAGAGUUAAGUUCAGGUUCAGGUUCGGUGCGAAAUGCCGGUGCAGUUCCGUUUCAAUGGGAGAAAACACCCGGAAAACCAAAAGAUAUAUCAGUUAUUGAGAGGGAAAAGGAGGGAGAUUCUGAUUCGGAUGAUGAAGAAGAGAGUUUUCAAUAUGCGCGCGACACACUUUCUAGGAAAGAGUCAUUCUUCAUGAGGAGUAGUAUGAGUUCGGACGAUCGCGAGGUACUAGUUCGACGGAAUGGAAGUUUCUUGAGGGAUGAAGAAGGUCGCGAUUUCAUGAUUGAUCGGUUCUUGCCUGCUGCGAAGGCAAUGAUAUCUGAAACACCUCAAUGUGCUCCCAAGAAGGCAAGUUUUGGACAAGGACAACAGAAACAGUUAUGGAAAAUUGGGAGUUCUGUCAAGUUAUCUCCUCUUAAUCAGCAUAAACCGAAAUCGGUACGGUAUAGGGAAGGAGGCGUGGUUGAACGCGAUGAUUCGAGAAACUACACUACUAAUACUACCGCUUGUGGACUAUUUCCUCAUUUUCGCGCCUUGAAUCCAAUGACAGGAGUAAGAAUGGAGAAUAAGGUUCAAAGUAAUGCAGGUUGUAGUUCAACUGCAAAACAGGAGCAUGCUAGACCUUCUUUUCGAAGUGAAAGUCCUGCUGUUGAGAAAACUCUAUAUCUUGAUUUUAUACAUAUGGCCAAGUUUGAAACCAAUCACAAAGGAGACGAUUUCCAGGAUUUGAAAAGAGAUAGUGACUUUUACAAGAAUCUUUCAGUAGAUUCUUUGCUCGAAUAUAACCAAGAGUUGGAUGUUGUUAAUGUGAAGACAGCAUUAGAAGCUAAAUUUUCGCAAACUCUUGAUUCACCUUUCCUCGGUUGUUCUGAAAAUCCUUACACUGGUAUGCUGAGGGAAACAACAGAUCAUCCCAAGAAAAUGGACUCGAAAAAGCUUGGCGUCCAAGGAAGUGACUUAGACCAGGACUCGGUAUCGAUUUCAAGUCUAAAAAUGGUUGAUGAUAUAGAGAUGCAACCAGAGGCCAAAUUGAUUGAUCGAGAACGAACAGUGGAAUACAAUAGGAAAAUCGACUUAGAAAGCCAAUGUGGCUUGACAUUAGGCCAUCAAGAACUAACUGGUGCAACAAGCUUUUUCGAGAUUCCUCUUAUCCUUCCUUCACUGCAAGCUCCAUCAGAGUCUUGGCUUACGCGUACUUUACCGGCCAUUUCAACAAAAAACACAUCUUCAAUGCCUAAGCCUUGUUGCAAAUAUUUAUUCAAGACAACUUCUUUGUAUCCCAACUCCCAAGUCGGAAACAAUUGUUAA